AUGGUAAACAGUCCUGUUGAGUUCAACGUAUAUGGACAAGGCAUCGAUUACAUCGAUCUGAAACGUACCAAACUACACGUGAGAUCCAAAAUCACCAAAGCCAAUGGCUGUGCUUUGGUCAAAGACGAAAAGGUGGGACCCGUCAGUAUGUGGCUUCAAAGCCUGUGGUCGCAAGUGGAUAUGACACUCAAUGGAAAACUCAUCACCACCUCGACCAAUCUGUAUCCAUACAAGACCUACCUGAAAGUGUUUCUGAAUGGCGCGUCCACAGUCAAGGAAUCGUCCCUGCAAUCUCAACUGUACUACAAAGACACGUCUGAAGCUAUAGACAGUGCAGAUCCUGUAGGUGGCGUCAAUACGGGACUUGCUAUCAGAGGUGUUUUAUGUGAAUUGAGUCACACCGUGGAUAUGGAAGGACCGCUAUAUGAAGACUUUUUCGACAUCAAACGUUAUCUCAUCAAUGGCGUCAAUCUACAGAUCAAACUGUUCUGGACCAGACCUUCCUUCAGUCUGAUGGCAGGAGAAGAUAAUCCCGAUUACAGAGUCAAGAUCGAAGACGUGUACCUUCGAGUCUGCAAAGUGCAACACUACACGGCAAUCAUCACGGCCCAUUCCAAGAUGCUGCAGGACACAGAAGCUAAAUAUCCAUUCACGAAAAGUAACAUCAAAGUGGCCACCAUUCCCAAAGGACAACUGAGUUUUACUUGGGAUCGCUUGUUUCAAAACAAAUGUCCCAACAAAAUCGUGGUGUCACUGGUCUCUGCAGAAGCAGUGAAUGGCAGUUACACCACAAAUCCAUUUAAUUUUGCCAUGUACGAUCUUGACUCGAUCGUCUUGUACGUGAAUAGUGAAUCGUUACUGGUUCAACCUCUGCACGUGGGCAAAAAACAGUACAUCUUGGCCUACAACAACCUGUUCGAAGGAAGAGAAUCCAUAGGGCUGGACGUGUCUAGAAACGAUUUCGGAAGUGGUUAUGCUCUAUAUCAGUUCACCUUGGAACCUUACCCUUUGAAGGAAGAAUACCUGGAUCUUAUAAAAAAAGGCCUCUCGAUGUAA